AUGGGGUGUGACCCAGACGCCUACACCAACAUGGAUGAACUAGUCGAGGAGUGUACCGAACAGCUCAGACAGCUCGAGCUCAAACCCACCCGCACAGAGAACCCGAUGAUCUAUCAUCUGGAUGUCAGUGCUAUGUACCCGAACAUCAUCCUGACUAACCGAUUGCAGCCCUCUGCGCUGGUGGACGAGGCCACAUGCGCCGUAUGCGACUUCAACCGUCCCGGUGCAGACUGUCAGCGAACUAUGGAGUGGAUAUGGAGAGGCGAAUACAUACCCGCAAGCAAACAAGAUUAUAAUCAGAUCAAACAGCAGUGUGAAAACGAGACGCACCCCCCACCAUCGUACAACAAGGACGGCCCUCGCAGAAGGUUCCACGAACUCAACGCCGUCGACCAAGCGAACACCAUCAAGAAACGACUGCAGGACUACUCAAAGGCGGCGUAUAAGAAAAUCAAAGUCACAACGCAACAAACCAAGGAGAGCACCAUCUGCAUGCGAGAAAAUUCCUUCUACAUCGAUACCGUACGCGCCUUCCGAGAUCGUCGCUAUGUCUACAAAGGCAAAAACAAGGAGUGGGGAGGCAAGCUCAAAGAGGCAUUGAGCGAGGGUGACCCCAUUGCGAUUACAAAGGCCAAAAAUAUG